UUCAUUCCUUUCUUGGAUUCCAUUAUGAAUUCGUCCUUUAUUUUAACUUUGAACAGCUUCUCGUGAGACAAACCUCGCAAGGGAAGUUCAUUUUCAAGGUUUCAGUGACAAAUGUUCAGAGUAGUCUACUGUGUUUAACUUAUCCGGAACUUCUUCUUCCAGGGAAGUGUAGUGGGUCACUCAGAGAUGGUUUACUGCCCAUGUUGUUCCUUUCGGUUUGCUUGAAGCCAAUAUUCUGACGAUGUUCACAGUUAGUAAUUAUGAUAUGGGGAUGAUUGAAUAUUUUAAUUUCUCAAUUUUAUUUUAGUUUAUAUGAUACAAAUAUAUUAAAGAUAUUACCUUUUUUUUAAUUAAAAAACACCCAAACUACCAUUAAUAUCAGCAAAGAAGUACAUCAUAAAGAUAGGAACAAGGAGAAGAUUCACACUCCAUAAGAUUAGUCUCAAAUAUUCGUUGAUCUUUUCACAAAUGCACAUCAAUAUUCAAUCACUCAUUAAUAAUCAGAGCAAGGUAAGGACCCGAAAAUUGAGGUCCAGACAUAGCAUUAAACAGGUUUUGAAAAUUCCUUUCAACAAUAACAUAAUUGAAAUUAUUCUACUUUAACCACCACCACCACCACCACAAAGUUGCACGCGAUGAGGGAGCCUCAGCAACAUCCACUUCCAUUAUGUGUCCUGAAAGUUGUCUUCCCCCAUUACUACAACCUCAUCCUUCUCGAAGGAUCCAUCCUAGAACAAUAACUGUAAUAUAAUUGACCAUUGCAUUUGAGCAUACGAAUCACAAAGGACUCCGUUUACUAAGAAAAGUUUCAUUUGGACUUAAAAAAUAACACCCCAUCAUACAUAAAGAACUAUGUAUUAUUUUUGAAAUUUAUCCCAUCACAUGGUCAAGAAACAGAUAUUUUCCGACUUCAAUUAAUGAAAAAUAGACAGAAAGCCACUUGAAUAUGACAAAAAUGUCUUGUGUGGUUAAAUAUGAAAUAAAAAAAAUCUUAAAAAAAGGUUUAGAAGGAAGAAUUCUGCCGUUAUCUAGGACAAAACUUAAAAGGCUGUACCAUAUAAUAAGAGAGAAGGAAAUGGACAAUAGCCUAAAAUAUAUGUCAGAGUUGGAGGAGAUGAGUAUUUUUCUGUGAUACAAUUGGCUUUGUAAGUCCAGGGGAACAAGGAAACGGAAAUGGUGUAACCUUCCUUCAGUGACCAUCCACUCGUCGACUCUGUAGAGUUGAACAUAAAAAUCAAUGGGCAAGUUCAAAAGGGUUUGUGUCUUCUGUGGAAGUAAUUUGGGGAAUAAAAGAGUAUUCAGUGAUGCAGCUGUUGAUCUUGGAAGACAACUGGUGAAGAGGAAGGUGGAUUUAGUAUAUGGAGGAGGGAGCUCUGGGUUGAUGGGUCUGCUCGCUCAGACAGUUCAUAAUGGUGGAUGCCAUGUUCUAGGAGUUAUCCCAGAAGCUCUUAAUGUCGCACUAGGGGCAGAGAUUUUAGGUGAUCAUACAGUGGGAGAAGUGUUGAUUGUAUCGGAUACCAAUGAAAGGAAGGCUGAGAUGGCUAAGAGAUCUGAUGCUUUCAUUGCUCUUCCUGGAGGAUAUGGAACCUUGGAAGAGUUGCUUGAGAUGAUAACAUGUUCUCAGCUUGGAAUCCAUGACAAGCCAGUGGGUCUCCUGAAUGUAGAUGGGUAUUAUGAUAGCUUGCUUGGAUUUUUUGAUAAAGGUGUAGAAGAUGGAUUCAUCAAACCUUAUGCGAGGAACAUUGUCAUUUCUGCAAAGAAUGUUCAGGAAUUAAUGCAACUGAUGGAGGAUUAUGUACCUCCGGACGAUGAAGUGGCACCAAGUAGCCAUUGCUGGAUAAUGGAGAAAGCAAUGCAAAUUUGUAGCUGUUUUCUCUGUUGACAUAUUCCAAGAAGAAGACUCUUUUUGGAAGAAUAUCCUCAUAAUUAUUAGUUGUAUGGUGUGUGCAAGCUAGAAGGGUGAAAAUACACACAAUUUAUGUAUUAAAUAGGCAUUAAUGCUAUUAUGGAAGAAGCAAACUUUGUCAUUGGAAGCCAUAUUCUGGUUUCACUUAGUAGGUGUAUUGAUAGUACGUGUGAACUGCCUGCGCAAAUGGUGAUUUUGAGCGAGUCCUCGUAGCAGGGGAAUCAUUCCAUUAAUGUCCACAUCUUAAACAAGCUCUUUUUUUUUUUUUUUUUUUUUUU